AUGCCCCUCAGGGUUGUAGGUGUCAACGUCAUGUCCAUGUACUCGUUCGGCCGUCACCACGCGGAUUACGAUGAUUACCCUUCGGUCCGGGCGGCAGCCAGUGGUGCCAACCAUCAGCCUACCAGACCCGUCGACAAGGACAAGACUGAGUCAGAACUUAGUGUCAACAUCAAGAAGGCUACCAGCCCAGAGGAAACAGCUCCCAAGCAAAAACAUGUCAGAAUCGGAGAUGGCGGGAAAGGUUAUGGAGGUCUGAUCAAAGCAUACACUUCAUUCCUUUUGUCGAAACUUCGAUUCCACCGUCAUCAUCCCGAGUUCAACGGUCUAUUCGAAUAUGAAGAAUACAUCAGUUUGAAGAACAUUGAUGAUCCCAAUGAAGGGUGGAUCGAAUCGUUCCAGAAGCUCAUCUUUGCCCAUUUCCGUGGAUCGGCAAACAAUGAAUGUCGAAUAUCCGCUCUUGUUCCCCUAGUAAAGGAGAGUUUCGGUAUUUACAAGUUCAUCACCAGAACCGAUGCUAUGGAUGCCUUGCUUCCUCUUCGAGAACGAUAUAAUGCUCAGCACUACAAUCUGCGAAGAUUCUAUUACGAAUGUAGUAAUCUCAAAUACUUGACUGGACUGAUCAACGUUCCGAAACUUGGACAGCUCCCCGAGCGUCCACCCGAUGAGAAAGUUCAAGCUCGAGAAGAAACUCCUCGUCCGUCCUCUCCCGUUGCUACGCAAGGCGAAAUAGAUGAGCAACGUCGAAUGCUUGAAGAGUACGAGCGCAAGCAAGCAGCACUUGUAGCUCAACGAGAGUCUGAGCAACGUAGACAGGAAGAAGAUAAGCGUCGACAAGAAGCUGAAUACGCAGAACAGCAACGUAUGCAACAAGAGAGGGAGAGACAAGCUCAAGAACAGUUACUCAGGGACCAGAUGAGUCAACAGUACAGUCAACAGCAGCAAGGUCAAUACUCUCAGCUGCAGCAGGAAAUGCUCGCCAUGCGCGGUCAGUAUGAGCGAGAUCAAAUGUUAUUGGAGCAAUACGAUCGUCGAGUCAAGUCAUUGGAGAGUGAACUCGGUCUCAUUGGCGCCAACGUGGGAGCUCAGAUGUCCGCCAAAGAUGAACUCAUCGCCCAACUGCAAAAACAGAUCGAGGUCUGGAAGAACAAAUAUGAAGCUCUCGCCAAGCUAUACUCUCAGCUUCGAGGGGAACACCUUGACCUGCUUAACAGAUCGAAAGGCUUCCAGCUCAAAGCCAAUUCCGCACAAGAAGCGAUCGACAAGAUGGAGCGCAUGGAGAGGGAUGUCAAGACCAAGAAUCUGGAACUCGCUGAUAUGAUCAGGGAGAGGGAUAGAGCCAGGUAUGAUCUCGAUCGAAUGAAAUCGAGUCAUCGUGAAGAACUUGAUAGACUCAAGCGCGAUCUAUCGUUCGCAAACGAAAGAGCGGAGGAUGCAUCUCGUCACAAGAGCUCUGAAGUCUCUGGUGUCAUGGCUAAGUAUAAUCGUCAACUCACAGAGCUUGAGGACUCUCUUAGAGCCAAACAAAUGCAAAUCGACGAGCUUCUCCACAAGAUCGAUGCUAAAGAUGGCGAAAUAUCUCGUGUUGUAGAAGAGAAGGAGCAAGAGCUCAUGAUCAUGCAAGAGGGAAUGGACUCUACACUCAAGGAGCUUAGUGAUCUUCGACUUAAAGUGGACGACGCUAUCUACGAGCUCGAAUCACCUAUGCAAACCGGUAAUACCACUGCGACUCCCGAAUAUACUUUGUCCAUGAUUGAGAAAGCCAUGACGAAUGCCACUGAAUUCGCUUCCACCUUCAACCUCUAUCUUGGCAGGAAGAGCGGGGGUGGUCACGUCGAUGUUAUCAAGGCGGCCAACGAAUUAGCCCAAGCUCUAUCCGAGACUCUUGUCAGCUCCAAGGGUAUCACGCGAUUUGCCGAAACCGAUGACGCUUCCGACAAAUUGGUCAAGAUCGCCAAAGAGGCCGGUGACUCUGGUUAUCGAUUCUUCUUGAAUCUUCAAUCGUUCCGACUUCUCGCUGGAGGCAAGAGCGAAGAAGCUGCACUGCGAAACAAUGCUGAAACCCGAGGAGCUUUAUCCAAACUCUCCGAUACUGUCGAGAAAUUCAUACCAAAAGCCAAAGCAUCGACUCUUUCCAAAGCCAACGGAGACAUCGGUGAUAUUGUAUCUCAAGAAAUGCAAAAUGCCGCCAAAGCCAUCGAACAAGCAACAGAACGAUUACAAGCUCUCAUGGCACGACCCAAGGGAUCCAAAUAUACUUCUCUCGAUGUUCAAGUUCACGAUGCGAUUCUCGAGGCUACGUUGGCCAUCACCAAUGCAAUCGGACGACUGAUUCAAGCCGCCACUGAAAGUCAAGAAGAGAUUGUUCGUGAAGGUAAAGGUUCAAGUACAACUCAGCAGUUCUACAAGCGAAACAACCGAUGGACAGAAGGACUCAUCUCUGCGGCUAAAGCGGUGGCAUACGCCACUGGUUUACUUAUCGAGAGCGCAGAUGGUGUGAUCUCCGGCACCCAUUCUCUGGAACAGCUUAUCGUCGCAUCCAACGAAGUAUCAGCUGCUACUGCUCAACUUGUCGCCGCGUCUCGGGUUAAGGCAUCGCUCAUGUCGAAGACUCAACAACGACUCGAACUUGCUUCAAAAGCCGUCACCGAUGCUUGCAAAGCUCUGGUCAAACAAGUCAAACUCAUCUCGAAUAAACAGGCUGACGAUGAAGCUGUCGACUACAAGUCGAUGCCUUCGCACGAAUUCAAAGUACGAGAGAUGGAACAACAGGUUGAGAUUCUCAAGCUGGAGAAGGACCUUGGCGCAGCACGAAGAAGGUUGGGAGAGAUGCGUAGAGCAGGAUAUCAUCAAGAAACGGAUUAA